CUCCUCCCCCUUCAUAAUAAGGCAGCUCUCCUGCCUGGCCGACUGUCACUUGAGCAGGAAGUGUCUUGGCCUUCAUUUGCUGGACUUCUGCAGCCAUGAUUGUAACGUGUGUGUGUCUGCUGCUGCUGGCGCUCCAAAGCGUGGAAGCUGGCAGGGACGGCGCUCUGUCGAGACAUAAAAGGCACUGGGUGCCGCCGCCAAAACCACUGACGGAAAAUAAGGACUACACUCGGGACAUAUCGGUGGCCAAGAUCCAUUCCGACUUCGAUGAUGGCAAAGGUAACCUGCAAUACUCCCUGGAAGGGAUCGGUGCCAACAAGUCUCCCUUCGACGUGUUUGUGGUGGACCGUAGGACCGGAUUAAUCCGGGUGACCAAAGUGCUGGACAGGGAGAUGAUCAGCAGCUACAAUCUGUCAGGCGUCGCCACGUACAAUGACGGAAAAUUGGCGGAAAAAAAUAUUGGCAUACGCUUCAAGGUCGUUGACGAGAACGACAAUCCCCCAGUGUUCUCCGCCAGCUCGCCUGGGGCGGUGAACGAACUCAGCCCUAUAGGGACCUCGGUCAUGCAAAUCACAGCGACCGAUGCUGAUGAACCAAGGAAUCCAAACUCUCAGAUCUUCUAUAGCAUUGUGAAUCAGAUCCCAGCAGGGUCCGGAAACAUGUUCGGCAUAGGGAGUGAUGGAAUCAUCUUCGUCAAUCAGGAGGGCUUGGACAGAGAAGCUGUAGAUUCGUACACGCUGACGGUGAAAGGUCAGGACCUAAACGGCGCGGCAGGCGGGAACAGUGCCACAAGUACUGUCGUCGUUAAAAUCAACGACGUGAACGACAACGUUCCCACUCUGGAAAAGGAGGUGUAUGAGGGCAACAUUGAGGAGAACACCUACGGUGUGGAGGUGAUGCGAUUCAACGCACAAGACUUGGACUUGGAGGGCACGGAAAACUGGGAAUCCGAGUUUGCCAUCACCAAGGGCAACGAGGCCGGCUACUUCAGCAUCGUAUCAGACCCAAAGACCAACACGGGCAUCCUCAUGCUUGAUAAGGCAGUGGACUAUGAAAAUGUGAAAAACCUGGAUCUAGGGGUCGCUGUAAGGAACAAGGCUGGACCCUACAGUGAAAGUACCAUUAGUUUCGGUGGAGGAGCGGGUGGAGGAGGAGGCGGCGGAGGAGGCGGCGGCGGAGGCGGCGGCGGAGGCGGUGGCGGAGGCGGUGGCGGAGGCGGCGGCGGAGGUGGCGGCGGCGGCGGAUCAUCUUCAUCGUCAUCCUGGUCAUCAACAUCAUGGCAAAGCUCGACACAUAAGACCUAUCCCGUCAAAAUCAACGUAAAGAAUCAGCGUGAAGGACCACAUUUUGAUCCCAAAGUCAAAGUGAUUUCCAUGUCAGAAGGAGGCUCCACCAACAUUAGGGACAUUAUUGCCCGUUACCAAGCAAUAGACCAAGACACUGGGAAACCAGCUGAGAAAGUCAGAUAUGUUAAAGGUUCUGACCCUGACAACUGGCUCACCAUUGACCCAGACACUGCUGAGAUCAAAAUGAAUAAGAUGCCUGACAGAGAGUCUAUGUACCUGGUUAAUGGGACGUACUACGCCAAAGUACUCUGCAUUUCGGAAGACAUGCCCUCGAGCACCGCCACUGGCACUGUGGCCAUCCAGGUAGAAGAUUUUAAUGACCACUGUCCCACCCUGACCAGUACCAUCGAGACUCUGUGCCUUCCAAACGAUGCUGUUUUUGUCACCGCUGUUGACGAGGACGACUUCCCAAACGGAGCUCCUUUCACUUUUGAAAUCAUCCCAGAGGGCACAGAAGGAAAAUGGCUGGUGGAGCGUCUAAAUGAUACUACUGCCAUCCUCAGGACCCAGGAGCCCCUGUGGCCUGGUUUACAGCAGGUGGAAUUGCUGGUAAAGGACGAGCAGGGGGUAGCAUGCCCGGAACCGCAGAAGGUGACUGUCCAAGCGUGUACCUGCGAGGACGGAGUGAUUUGUGGAAGACGAGGCGCCCAGGGCCAGCCAGACAAAAAAACAGAGUUAGGACCUGCAGGCAUCGGACUUCUAUUGCUUGGCCUGCUUCUUCUACUACUUAUCCCUCUACUGCUGCUCUUCUGCCAAUGUGGUAGCGCUGCAGCUAUGCCGGGAGCCUUUGCCGAUAUGCCUUUUGACACCAAAUCACACCUCAUUAAUUACCGCACCGAGGGCCAAGGAGAGAACACGGAAGUGCCACUAAUGAACAUGCCGACACAAGUGGACGCAGGUGACAUCUCCAUGAUAAAUGAACCAGUCCAGAUGAACAUGUUUCCAAGGAACAACAUGAGUGACCUAAGAGAGUCAACAGUGGGAAUGAGAAACAUACGAGGCAGUGGGUUUGAAAUGAGAACGGCAGGAGAAAGCUAUGACGACAUAGCCCUACCACAUCACAUCCUCAGAGAGUACUAUGCACAGAAGAUGAACAGUGGAGGAGAUCUUGCCGUGAAAGAUGCUCUCUUGGCAUAUGACUUUGAGGGUCAAGGCUCCGCCGCUGGCUCAGUGGGCUGCUGCAGCCUCCUUGAAUCUGACAACGACUUGCAGUUCCUCGAUGAUCUUGGGCCAAAGUUCAAGACCCUGGCAGAGGUGUGCGGUGGCAAGAAAAUCCAACAAGAAGUUGUCGUCCCGGUUGUGCCCGAACCCCGACCAGAACCUCCCAAGCUGCCACCAGUUGUCCCUAAAGUAGAACAUACUGUGAUCAAAGAGACGGAUCGCUCUCAGGUACUGAAGAGCAACACAACAACCACAGUGGUGGAAGGGGUACAAAAUCAAGGCCAGAUGUUCCUGCUCCAACCGCAGUCACCUGUCUACUACACCACCACUGCCCCUGUGCUGCAGCCCAUGCAGUACAUGGUCCAGCCGCAAGUUCAGAACACCAUGGUGCUGACUGAGGCACCAGUUACUAACAUGCAGGGCAUGAUGCUAGCGGCACCCACACAAGGCAUGCUAGUGUCUGGUGGACAAGCCCAGGGCCCCGGCAUGGUGCUGGUUACUGGCACCCAAGCAGCACCUGCACAAGGCAUGGUGGUCCAAGGAGGGAAGGUGGUCUCUAGUAGAAAGGCUCAUGGGCCUGGCAUGGUGAUGGUUACUGGCACCCAGGCAGCCUCUGCACCAGGCAUGAUACUUCAGGGACAAACAAUGGUAACCAGCGGAAAAGCUAGAACCCCCAGUGUGGUACUGGUAGACAAAAGUGGGAUCCAUACCAGCGGAGCAAAUCUGAUCAACACUGGAGGACUAGCAAGCUCCCAAGUCGUGAUAGAAGGCAAAGCCCCAGUAGGGAAAGGGAAAGUGAGGUCAAGCCAAACCUCCCUCAAACAAGGUGGCAUCCUACUGCCAGGAGGGUUGGCUAGUGUACAAGGUCAACACCAAGGUGGCAUCCUACUGCCAGGAGGGUUGGCUAGUGUACAAGGCCAAACCCAAGGUGGCAUCCUACUGCCAGGAGGGUUGGCUAGUGUACAAGGUCAACACCAAGGUGGCAUCCUACUGCCAGGAGGGUUGGCUAGUGUACAAGGCCAAACCCAAGGUGGCAUCCUACUGCCAGGAGGGUUGGCUAGCAUGCAAGGCCAAGGCCAAGGUGGUUACCUACUGCAAGGAGGGUCCGCUGGCGUACAAGUCCAACCCCAGAGCAGCAUGACAACUAAGUCCAGCACCACAGUGAGCCGAGUCCCGACCUACCGCAAGGUGGUGGUGCAGGAGGAGAAACUCACUGAACUGUGACCCGACAAAUGGACUUUUUAAAGCAAUGCAAACUUUUGUCAAGGUAGUUCAAGUAUGUUCUUGCUGUGCAAUUUUUUUCGGUGGCGGGCGUUGUGCAGCAGUUUGCCUCCAAGUGACGCUACAUGUGGUUAAGUACUCGUACUCCCACUUGAUGUAUUCGAUUGGUGCUUGAACACAGUCAACACACCCAUGGAAGGCCACCUGGAUUGUCUUCUGUGGAAUGAAGCUCCCUGUGAGCCCGCCUGCUGUGUUUGCUUGGCUGAAUUCAAGAAGGUUCCAUUGUCAGCUCCACUCGCAUAUAUGGGCUCUUAGCCAAGGAACAUUCUAGAUGCCGAUCAUUAAUCAGCAUCUAAUCUUUGCUUUUUUUCCUACUUUUUUAACAAUUUGGCAAAAGGAUUUCAGGAUCAGCAAGAAUUACAACGACAUCUACACAAUCUGCAACUGGAUGGAAAUACAGUUCUUGUCUAAUGUUCGCCUUUCUGGGGAGAAUUGCAACAACAUUUUGGAGCUUGUCCAGUUUUUCUACACCAAACCUGUCCAAGUACACCUUCGUGGACCUUGCUUUGUGCACCGGGUGCAAAAAAGGGUCUUCGGACAAGGUUGGAACUUGAAACUGUCCAAAAUAUAUUUCUAAGAAGAAUUCAUGUUUGCAACCAACCAAGGACUCAUUCACUGGAUUGUUGACCCAUGUGGUGUACUUUCUCUUAACUGUAGCAUUAAACAGGAUGUAACGCACUUUGUUACACAACUGCAAUAAAAAAAAACUAAGACAACACAUCUCAGAUAGGGAUGGGCACCAAAUUUGGUACUUUUUUAAAGUACCGACCGAGGCUCGUCGCCACCACCGGGUACCGAAUCACGUGAAAUCAAACGGUACCAUAUUUGAUACCUUUGUCACACGCGACUUCCUGUCCGGUUUCACUUGGCUUUUCGUCGCGGACUGCCUCUGGGUAAUGUUACAACUUUCCAUGCCGACAAAGCAAGAAUACCUGAGAGAAAGCGCUCAAAAGUAUGAACUUGUUGCUAAUUUAUUUUGGAUAUGCCAUAUACAUGCUACUGAUUAGCAUUAGCGAUUUAACAUGGCGAUUGCAAGACCUCCAAAUGUGGCUUUAAAAACUACACUGUAAAUUAUUUGCCACUUAAAAUCUUAUUUCUAGAAAUGUCGUCAGUUUUAAAAGCUAUUUACUUGUUCUAGUCAUGGACUUUACAUCAUAAUCUUAAUUUUAGCAUAAAUAAUUUGAUCUUGUCUAUUUUUGUUGAAAAAUGUGUCCAAUUAAGAAAAUAACGAUUCAAAUAGGAUAUGUUUGUGUUCCGCCACAUGGAAAAUCUUGUUUAAAGAUUCCUAUGACCCAAUUUGUCACGGUUUACCUGACACAUGAAACGUGACGGCACACGGCAGUAGAGUGUUGGAUAUCUUCAAAUGUGUUUUGUGUCAAUUCCAACUUUGACCACAGUGUCAGUUGCUAUGUAGAGUGGCGCUUUCCAUCAUUUUCAGCAGACUGUAUUGUAAACUGACCAACCCGCACUCCUCCUCUCACGCGAGAUCCACCCAGGAAUGGGGCCAUAUGAAUCCCGUCCCUAACACACCAGGAAUGCUUCAUUUAAGAAUGGCAAGUCAAACAACGCUUCUUUUCAGAAUAAAAUACCUUUUUCUAGGUUAAAAGUCCCGCAAUUUGUAGAUACACAAAUGAAAUCAACUCGCUGCAUGAAGAGAUCUGACAGCCCCAGAAGGGCUAGUAAGUCAGUAAGUAAGUAAGUCAGUAAGUAAGUAAGUAAGUCAGUCAGUCAGUAAGCAUGAAGAGACCUAAAGAAGAUAUGAAGAGAGCAUUUCACCAUUUUUGUGUUUUUUUCCAACAAAUGUAGUCUUUUUAUCUUAUUUUUGGUCAGCUCUUUUUGCAGCGUACAACUAAAAGAAAAAGGUUCAACUCUACCAGCCGCUGUGUAGUAAGUACAAUACUAACAGUACAAAGACUUUGUGGGACUCCACAAAAGACUGGACUACGGCAACACACCGAGGACACACGGAAAUGAACUCAUACUUGCAAAUAAGACUGAAAAGUGUGAGAAAAGAAGAGAUAAUAACAAGAUGAAAUAUUGUUUGGACCAGAAAGAAACACAUUUAUAUUUACUAGCGCACACAAAAGUAGCAAAUGUGCGUAAAAGGUACCCAUCCUUAUUCUCAGGUCCAGUGUGGAAAAAGUUCAUCUAGCUUAAAAAAACAACCUAAAAACAACAAGAAAAAAAGCUCCUUGAUGCGUGUUGUGUUGUGUUUGAGGGCUAUGUUGUGUUUUUGUACGCCAGGAGAAGGUUUUUGUCUUCUUUUUUUUAAAAGCCUUAUAUAAAUAAAUAAAUCAAUAAAAGA